AUGUCGUCGCAGAACAUCUACGACCAGGCGGAUUUCUUCGCCAACUACGCCGGCAUCGACCGCUCGGUGCUCGGGCUCGCCGGCGCCCCUGAGUGGCCACGCCUGCGCGCCCUGCUGCCGGACCUGGCGGGGCGCCGCGUGCUCGAUCUCGGGUGCGGCUUCGGCUGGUUCUGCCGGUGGGCGCGGUCAGGGGCUCCGGAGGGCGGCGGCGCGGCGGCGGUGCACGGCGUGGACCUCUCGAGCAACAUGCUGGAGCGCGCGCGGCGCAUGACGUCCGAGAGCGGCCUCGACGGCAUCACGUACGAGCAGGCGGACCUGGAGACGCUGCCGCUGGCGGAGGCGGAGACGUACGAUGUCGUCUUCAGCUCGCUCGCGCUGCAUUACCUCGUGAGUCUGCCGCGGCUGGUGCGCGGGGUGCACCGCGCGCUCAGGCCCGGCGGGGCGUUUGUCUUCUCGGUCGAGCAUCCCAUCUUCACGGCGCCGUCGCGGCCGGGGAUCGUCAAGGUGCAGGGGGAGGACGGCAAGGAGCGGCGGUACUGGCCGCUGGACGACUACCAGCGCGAGGGCCUGCGGGUGACGGACUGGCUCGCCGAGGGGGUGCGCAAGCAGCACCGCACGGCGGGCACGUACAUUGGGUUGUUGCUGGAGGCGGGCUUCGAGCUGACGGCGUUUGACGAGUGGUUCCCGCGCGACGGGGAGCUGGCGGACAAGCAGGAGUGGGAGCGCAACGAGAUGGUCAAGCCUACGUUUCUGCUUGUGAGGGCUGUGAAGAAGGCUGUCUGA